AAAGUCACAUGACCUAGAAAUGGCAGCCUCUAGGAAUUAACAUCAACAAUGUAUUUUAGACGUAUACUCGGUAUUUUAAGAAACCGUAAACAAAUUCCCGUUGCCUUAACAAGCUACAGAUCGAUAAAUUCCUCGGCUUACGAUGUAAUCGUAGUGGGUGCAGGACAUAAUGGAUUGGUGUCCGCAGCGUAUUUAGCUAAAAGUGGUUUGCGAGUGUGUGUGUUGGAGAGACGUCACGUCAUCGGUGGAGCUGCUGUCACGGAGGAAAUUGUGCCAGGAUUCAAAUUUUCCAGGGCUUCCUACGUAUUAAGUUUAUUAAGACCACAGAUUGUUAAGGAUUUGGAAUUAAAGAAAUAUGGGCUGAAAGUUUACCUGAGAAAUCCCAGUUCCUACACCCCAUUGCUGGGUCGAACUGGUAAAGGUUCAUCACUGACUCUUGGGCCAGACCACAGUGAAACAUACAAGCAGAUUGCACAGUUUUCAGAAAGAGAUGCAAAAAGAUUUUUUGAAUAUGAGAAGCAGCUUGAUGACAUUGUAACAGCCAUUGACCCGCUAUUGGAUUCUCCACCCCCGUAUCUCCCUGGAUUGACCAGCUCAAGAGUUCGAGAGACACUGAAGACACUGCCGGCUGUCAAAACUCUGCUCAAAUCUUUGAGCAGCCUGGGAAGAGAUGCAGAUGCAUUUUAUGAAUUAAUGACAGCUCCUACAACAAAGAUUCUGAAUCGAUGGUUCGAGUCGGAGCCUCUGAAGGCCACUCUAGCCACGGAUUCUGUGAUAGGAGCAAUGAUGUCUCCGGAAUCGCAGGGCAGUGGAUAUGUCCUCCUGCAUCAUGUGAUGGGCAGCUUAGAGGGAAAGAAGGGAGCUUGGGGAUAUGUGGAAGGCGGCAUGGGGGCUGUUUCACAAGCCAUCUGUAAUUGUGCGAUGGACCAUGGAGCCGAUGUCUUUACCAGUAAACCAGUAAAAGAGAUUCUUACAAAGAACGAUGCAGUGGAAGGAGUAGUGCUAGCAGACGGGACGGAACUUCGUUCCAAGGCAGUCAUAUCCAACGCCAACCCAAAGAUUACGUUUCUGGAUCUCAUACAGGAAGACAAACUACCAAAAGACUUUGUAGACAGUAUGAGAGCCUUUGAUUUUACAUCCCCAGUAACCAAAAUCAAUGUUGCUGUGAGCAGACUGCCGAAUUUUACUGCUGAUCCCAAUGUGAAGCAGAACGAGUGUAUGCCCCAUCACCAGUGCACUAUUCAUCUUAACUGCGAGGACACACAACUUAUACAUGAAGCCUUCCUCGAUGCGCAGCUAGGGAUGUACUCCAAAAAGCCCAUGAUUGAGAUGGUGAUUCCCUCCAGUAAGGACCCCACCCUGGCUCCCCCCGGGGCACAUGUGUGUCUGAUGUUUACCCAGUACACUCCUUACCAACUCGCAGACGGAGAAUGGACGGAGCAGACGAAGAGUGCCUAUGCUGAUAAUGUGUUUGACAUUGUGGAACAGUAUGCCCCGGGAUUCAAGGAGAGCAUUGUGGGAAGGGACAUCCUUACACCACCAGAUCUGGAGAGUGUGUUUGGAUUGACAGGCGGGAAUAUUUUCCAUGGCUCCAUGUCCCUGGAUCAGUUGUUUAUGUGUCGGCCUACAAGUCAAAUGAGUAAUUACAGAGCCCCAAUCCGGGGAUUAUAUCUGGGAGGGAGUGGAGCACAUCCAGGUGGUGGCGUGAUGGGAUCUCCUGGACGACUAGCAGCCCAAACUCUGUUAUCAGAUUACAAACGACUUUAACAGAUCACAGAGUCGAAAGCAGACUUCUGAACUAAUGCAUUUAGUAUAUAGUUGUGAUGUAUAUAGCAUGUAAUAAUGAUGAAAUAUUAAGAAUAAAAAAAAAUCACA